AUGGCGUGGGAAGAGCCUAGAAAGACGGGCAUGCAGUACCGCCGCCUGGGUAACUCGGGACUUCACGUCUCGGUGCUGGGUUUGGGCGGUUGGUUGACGCACGUUUCUCCUACCUAUUUCCCCACACGAAAUUGCAAAGUGCUCUGUAGGACCAUCGUGCUGACUUUGGUGAAUACAACAGGUUCGGCGGCCACGUUGAGAAUGGUAUGUACGGGACGGGGACUCGAGCGAAUCUUCUGCGAGACUCAACAGACGUUUGCGUGUAUGAAGCAGGCUUACGACCUUGGCGUCAACUUUUUCGAUACAGCUGAGAGCUAUGCGGGCGGAAACUCGGAGAUCAUCAUGGGCCAGGCCAUCAAGAAGUUCAACUGGAACCGUAACGACAUUGUCGUCACAACAAAGCUCAACUGGGGCGGCGCCAACGGCCAAGUCCUCGUCAACAACCACGGCCUCUCGCGCAAGCACAUCAUCGAAGGCCUCCGCGCCUCCCUCAAGCGCCUCGACCUCGAGUACGUCGACAUCGUCUACGCCCACCGACCGGACCGCCUGACGCCCAUGGAGGAGACGGUCCGCGCCUUCAACCACGUCAUCGACAAGGGCUACGCCAUGUACUGGGGCACGUCGGAGUGGAGCGCCGACGAGAUCGCCGAGGCCUGCGGCGUCGCGAAGGACCUCAGGAUGAUCGCGCCCGUCGUCGAGCAGCCGCAGUACAACAUCCUCGAGCGCCGCAAGGUCGAGUACGAGUUCCAGCGGCUGUACCAGCGCUUCGGCCUCGGCCUGACCGUCUUCAGCCCCAUCAAGAUGGGCCUGCUGAGCGGCAAGUACAACGACGACCCGGACGCACCGCCGGCCGGGAGCCGGUUUGCGGAGGGCAAGGGGGAUAAGUUUGUCAACUGGGCCAACAAGGAGUGGUACGGUAACGACGAGUGGAAGGCACUGAUUCAGAACGUCGUAAAGCUCAAGGGUAUUGCGGAGAAGCUCGGUGCAACGCAGUCACAGCUGGCCCUGGCGUGGUGCCUCAAGAACCCCAACGUUACCUCUGUGAUCACCGGAGCCUCACGGCCGGAGCAAAUCGUGGAGAAUGUGGGCGCAUUGAAGGUUCUGGAGAAGCUGACGCCCGAGAUCAUGGCCGAGGUCGAUGCCAUUGUGGGAGAGGUUAAGUUGGACCCGGCAAGACAAGAUUAG